AUGACAGACACCAAAGAGGAAAAGCUGGCCGCCGUCGACUACGGCCUCGGCGAUCUGCACGAUGACUUAGCCUUGUUGCGUCGGAUCGACUGGCGUAUCCUGCCGACCAUGUUCUUGACCUACUUGCUGCAGUUUCUGGACAAGGUGGCUUUGAAUUAUGCCAACGUGAUGGGGAUGCAGGAUGAUCUCGGGAUGCAGGGCAAUGACUUCUCCUGGCUGGCUACGGGGUUCUUCAUCGCUUAUGCGGUUGCUGAGAUUCCUCAAGGCUUCCUCCUGCAACGAUACCCGGUUACCAAGGUUCUCGGGGGCAAUAUUCUUUGCUGGGGAGUGCUCUUGUGCUGUUCGGCCGCGGCGCAGAAUUUCGCCGGGAUGAUGUCGCUGCGAGUGCUUCUCGGUGCGCUGGAGGCGGUCAUUGCCCCCGCUCUGACAAUGUACACCAGCAUGUGGUACACGCGCGCCGAGUCGACUCCGCGAUACGGUCUCUGGUACUGCGGCCUAGGCACCGGCCAGAUACUCGGCGGGCUGAUCUCCUUCGCGGCGCAGCAUACCGCGCCCACGCUCGCCUUCCACGGGUGGCGGAUCAUGUUCGUGGUCAUUGGGGGAGUGAACGUUCUCGCGGCGCUGCUGGUCCUCCUCGUACUCCCGGCCACUCCGGCCGCGGCGGGGUUCCUGAGCCCCAGCGACAAGGAGCGCGUAGCGCAGCGGCUGCAACAGGAGCAGGUCAGUGGCACGGAGGGCGAGAGGGGCUUGCGCCCGAGGUCGUUCCUGGAAGCAUGCGGAGAUUUGCAAACGGCCCUGCUCGUCCUCCUGACCAUCCUGAUCACCAUCCCCAGCGGCGUCAUCACCACCUUCUCCUCCAUUCUGAUCAAGGAGUUCGGGUACAACUCUAAGGAAAGCGCCCUGCUGAACAUGCCCUCCGGGGUGGUCAGCAUCGUGGCGACCAUGGGAUCCACCCUGGCUAUUGCCCGGGGCUACUCCCGGUGGCUGGCGAUCAAUCUCCUCCUGCUGCCCACCUUGCUGGGCGCGUGUUUGAUGUCUUUCCUGCCGUCUUCGAAUCAGGCCGGUUGUCUGGCGGGUAUAUACCUGGUGAACACGACUGUCGCGCCACUAGCUCUGAUUUUCGCAUGGACCGGUGCGAACUACAAGGGCUACGGUAUGAAGGUGGCGGGGAGUACGCUCGUCUCGGCCGGGUUCAGCAUCGCCAACAUCAUCGGCCCGCAGACCUUCCAAGCCCGCGACGCUCCAGGGUACAUUCCCGCCAAGAUCACGAUCGUUGCCGUCAAUGCCGGUGCCAUUGUCAUCUCCACCACGCUGCGGGGGGUAUACGGCCGUCGGAACGCGCGGGCAGAGCGAUUGGGUCAGGCUGCAGGCAGUCACAUGGAGCGACGUCUAGAGGAGGCUGGAGUUAGGGCUGGGGGGGAGGGGGAUGCAUGGCCCGAAAUGUAUAAUGACAUCACCGGAGCCAACGGCUUCAUCGCCGCGCACUGCAUCGCCGCCCUGCUGCGCGCCGGCCACUCCGUCCGCGGAACAGUGCGCACUACCCAGAAAGCCAGCGCCACUGUCGCUGCCCUGCUCGCCGCCGGGGUCGCCCCGCUGGACCGGCUGGAAAUCGUCGUGGUGGCCGAUCCCACUGACCUGCAGCAAUUCGCUCCCGCGGCGGCAGACUGCGACGCCAUCCUGCACCUCGCCUCGGCCUUCACCUACGACGCGCACCCGGGGCAAUUCGAGCAGCGACUCCUGCUCCCAGCGAUCCAGGGCACGACUGUCGCGUGCGAGGCGGCACACCGUUUUGCGACCGUGCGGAAGUUGGUGAUCAUGUCCUCGUUCGCGGCUGUCUACGACGCGGCGCAGGGCUUGCAGCCUGGACGGGUAUACACAGAGGAGGACUGGAGUCCGUUAGGGUAUGAGGAGGGACGGGACACGGGGAAUGUGGCCAUCGCAUACCGCGCAUCCAAGGUCCUCGCCGAACGGGCCGCCUGGACGUACGUGAAGGAGCACGCGGUGGACUUCCAGCUCGUGACGCUGUGUCCUGGAAUGGUGUUUGGGGAAAUGAUCCAUCCGAUAGCCUCGCUGGCGCAGCUGAACGCCAGUAAUCGCAUUGUUUGGGAGGUGGCGCAGGGGGGACGCGAGGCACUCCCGCCGACCAAGGCUCCGGUCUGGGUAGAUGUGCAGGACCUGGCCGACACCUGUCUCCGCGCGUUGACGACAACCCUCUCCUCGCACCAACGGUUCCUGGUCACCGAAGGGGCGUACGACACGCAGGAGAUCGCGGAUGUACUGCGCGAGGCCAUUCCCGCCGCCCGAGAGCGUGUUGCGGUGGGCAGUCCGGGGCAUCGGAUACGGGACAGCCAUUACGCUUGCGAUGCUGGGAAGGUGAAGCAGAUGCUCGGGGUCCGGUUUCGGGGUCUGCGCGAGUCGAUUGUUCCUUUGGUUGAGCAAUUGUAUGCGAUGGAAGCUGCUGAGGGGGAUGUGGAGUCAUAG